GCUACCUUGUGCAGUACUGGUAGCUCUUCAUUGCCAUUGCCUGGCAUUCCGACAUCAAGAUGCAGACUUGAAUUCUGCCCCUCCACCCUUCUGUGCUACCUUUGUCACAUUUACCGUCCCGUCCCGUCCCACUGAUACAGAUACACACUCCAGGACUAUUUCGUCUACGCGCUCGACGCCACGGCCGGCGAGAAGCUCACGGGUCUUCACGGGCCCAAAUGCCAGAUCGGCCGUCUGGACAUCACGUCGCUCGAAUCGAUCUGGGAAUUCAAGAAGUCGAUCGGCGAUCGGAAGAUCAAUGUCUUGCUCAACGUUGCUGGAAUAAUGCCAGCCCAUGCCGCCGACACCCUCCGCUCCGUCAACCUCGAGUCCCUCCAAUCCACGUUCGCGGUCAACACGUUCGGACCACUCCUCCUGACGCAAGCUCUUCUCGACAACGUCCUGUCCGCCGAUGAGCCGCGACAUAUCGCCGUCGUGUCUUCGCGCGUGGGCUCGAUGGCGGAUAACUCGUCCGGCGGGAACUACGCGUACCGCUCGAGCAAGGCGGCUGUGAACAGUAUUUUCAAGAAUCUCGCCGUCGACUUGAAAGACAGGAACGUCACGGUGAGUAUGCUGCAUCCGGGGUUCGUCAGGACGAAUCUGGACCCGGAUGUCGAUCGGAAUGAGGGUGUGGUGGAGCCGGAAGAAGCGGCGACCAAGUUGUGGGGGUUGCUCAAGGGGAAGACCGUAGAGGAGACGGGGCGGUUCUGGCACAGAGAGGGGAUGGAGUUACCUUGGUAAGGUGGCUACAAUAAUGGUGUUGUCGUUCGAGGAUCCUGCAGGACGGUAGUUUUCGGCUUGUGAGGGCGUAUUUUCCUGCUGGCAAGGAUGUGCAAUCGCAUUGGUCAUCAUUGAUGUCCGGGCAAGCUAUGGAAAAGCCGUGAUAAUUGCACUUGUUGGAGAGCAGGACAACUGCCCUCUACUUUCUUGUCGUCUUUUGCUAGGAUUUACUGAUCAGCCAGGAAUGGUGUAUACUACGUAUAUAUCAACAUGUGAAGCUCUG